UGUCACUGCUCAGCAGUCAGCAGUUCUGUGUGUACCUGCGCUUUGCAAACAAGCGGUGCGCGUUACCCUAAUGAACCCGGUGGAUUUUACUUGAGCAACGAAAGAAACAGGGCAGUUUAAACGGUUAGCAAUGUCUCUAUAUUGCAACGCACGGAUUUGCGGAUUGUUACUUUCCCCGUAUUUGAAGAGGUAACAGUAAAGGUGCGUGCAUGACAACAUGGAUUGCCUUUUCCUAUUGCUCUGGAGUUUACAAGUCCCUCUGGUAAGCAGCACUUCGGCGAGAUUAUUGGCGGGUGUGUCGUUUGGGAACUUUAUAAAGGCUCUGCAGUUCUGUUGCUUCCACUCUGUAUCAUCGGUCUCAUUUGCCGGCGACCCCGGCGUCCUCUAUCAAGAUUACGAUUUUUCCACACCAGUGGAAGUGGAUUUACGUGGAGGUUACAUUUCCCAUGAUCUGUCAAGACAUGGAAGGAGCAAGAGAUCCCUGUCAGAAGCCGGUGGAACGGUGCACUAUCAUGUCUCUGCAUUCGGCAAGAAAUUACACUUAGACUUGCAGCCGUCCCAUGUGCUAGCAGAGGGGUUUACCGUACAGACACUGAGUGCAGAGGGCAUCGAUACAGCCAGCCUUGACCCUUCGAUUCAUAACUGCCUCUAUCAGGGCUCCAUCCGAAACUAUUCGGAAUCCUCUGUGGCUAUAUCCACCUGCACAGGUCUGUCAGGUCUGAUCCGGUUCUCCGGCGAGGAACUUCUCAUCACUCCGCUACCGCAGCAUUUGGCUUUACAACACAACUACAGCGCCCCUUCUGGACAUCACCCACAUGUCAUCUACAAGCGAUCAGCCGAGCACAGAGUGCACACCGAUAAGACUGACUGGUCCAGCAGCGUUAAAUCAAACCCCUAUGAUAACCACCAUCACCACCACCACCGCCACCAUGAAUACCAGCACGGAAAGCUCCAGAGACAACACUUCUGCGGACGCCGCAAGCAAUAUACUCCCAAGCCUCCUACUGAGGAUCAUUUUGUCAUGCCUGAUGAGUUCGAGCAGCAAAGCCGGGUGAAACGCUCAGAGAUUACAUCAAGCAAAGAGGGCAGCUUGAAUGUGGAAACUCUGGUGGUGGCAGACAGGAAGAUGCUAGAGAAACAUGGCAGAGACAAUGUUACUACUUAUGUCCUUACUGUCAUGAACAUGGUCUCCAGUCUAUUCAAAGACGGAACUAUUGGAAAUGACAUCAACAUUGUUGUGGUUAGCCUCCUCCUACUUGAGAAGGAUCCGCUGGGUCUGUCUAUCAACCACCACGCAGACCAAUCACUCAACAGUUUCUGCCAGUGGCAAUCAGGCCUGAUAGGUAAAAACGGCAAGCGGCACGACCAUGCCAUACUGUUGACGGGACUGGACAUCUGCUCUUGGAAGAAUGAACCGUGUGACACCUUGGGUUUCGCUCCAAUAAGUGGAAUGUGUAGCAAGUAUCGUAGCUGCACGAUUAAUGAAGAUACAGGGCUGGGUCUCGCUUUCACCAUCGCACACGAAUCAGGACAUAAUUUUGGAAUGAUCCAUGACGGAGAGGGGAAUCCCUGCCGGAAGACUGAAGGGAACAUAAUGUCUCCCACAUUGGCUGGGAAUAAUGGUGUUUUCUCAUGGUCUGCCUGUAGUCGGCAAUACUUGAACCGAUUUUUAGGUACCGCUCAGGCUUCAUGUUUAGUGGAUGAGCCCAAGCAGAUAGGCCAGUACAAGUACCCUGAGCAGCUUCCAGGUCAACUGUAUGAUGCUGAUAUACAGUGCAAAUGGCAGUUUGGCUCAAAAGCUAAACUGUGCAGCUUGGACUUUGUAAAGGACAUCUGUAAAUCAUUGUGGUGCCACAGAACAGGACACCGGUGUGAGACCAAGUUCAUGCCUGCUGCUGAGGGCACCAUCUGCGGACCAGACAUGUGGUGCCGGAAAGGACAGUGUGUCAAAUUUGGUGAUCAUGGUCCUAGAGCAGUGCAUGGCCAGUGGUCGGGCUGGUCCGAGUGGUCUGACUGUUCACGUACCUGUGGUGGAGGGGUCAUGUACCGAGAACGAUCCUGCAAUAGCCCCAGCCCACAGCACAACGGCAAGUUCUGCCAAGGCCCUGGUCGACUGCACCAGCUGUGUAACACCAAGCCAUGCCAGCCCAAUGGAGUGGACUUCAGAGCUCAACAGUGCGCAGAGUAUAACAGCAAACCCUUCAGGGGAUGGUACUACAAAUGGAAGCCAUACACCAAAGUGGAAGAAGAGGACAUCUGUAAGCUGUACUGCAUUGCUGAGGACUUUGAUUUUUUCUUCGCUAUGUCCAGCAAAGUCAAAGAUGGGACAUCCUGCUCUGACUACAAAGGAGGCGUUUGCAUUGAUGGGAUAUGUGAGCCAGUGGGCUGUGACCAGGUGUUGGGAUCAAAGGCUACUUUGGAUGCCUGUGGAGUGUGUAAAGGAGACAACUCUACCUGCAAGUUCUACAGUGGCCAGUACACCCUCCAGCACAGAGCCAAUGAAUAUUACCCCGUUGUGAUGGUACCCGCUGGAGCGAGGAGCAUCAGGGUGCAAGAGAUGGAGAUUUCCACCAGCUACCUGGCUGUCCGCAGCCUGAAACGUGGUACCUACUACCUGACGGGGGAUUGGACAGUAGACUGGCCUGGCAGGUUCCAGUUCGCAGGCACUACGUUCAACUAUCAACGCUCUUUCAACCGGCCUGAGACCUUGUACGCCGCAGGCCCCACUAAUGAGACCCUGCUCUUUGAAAUUCUUCUUCAGGGUAAAAAUCCUGGUAUAUCAUGGGAAUACACUCUACCCCAUCCGGAGAAGAAGCACAAUUACACCUGGUCCGUAGUGCGCUCUGACUGCUCUGCGCCUUGUGCUGGAGGUCGGGUCUCGACGAAAGCCAUUUGUUUGCAGGAUCAGAACACGCAGGUCAACUCUUCACUCUGCAACCUUGAGACCAGACCUGUGGUGGGCUCUCACCUGUGCAACACACAGCCCUGCCCUGCCUAUUGGACAACAGGUAAAUGGGGAGUGUGCAGUAGAACAUGUGGAGGUGGGCAGCAGACGCGAAACAUCCGCUGCAUGAGAAAGGUGACAUACCAGCGUGAAGAGGUCGCGGCUCACUCCUUAUGUCCGGUAAUGGCUCCCGCCCAACUACAACCCUGCAACACACAGGCAUGUCCUCCGGAGUGGAGCACCGGCUCCUGGUCACAGUGCUCUAAGACCUGUGGGCGAGGGUUGAAGAAACGCAGUGUUUUCUGCAGGAGCACCGAUCCAGGUGCCAGGGCUGUGGUGGUUCCUGACAGCAUGUGUAAAUUACACCUGAAGCCCAAAGCCCAGGAGACCUGUGUGCUGAGCCGCUGCCCCAAGAAUGAGCGUCUUCAAUGGAUAACUACCACCUGGGGAGAGUGUUCGGCCUCCUGUGGAGGUGGAGUGAAGAGAAGAGAGCUGCAAUGUGGGGAGAAAGACUCCCACGGAGGCUACACGGAGUACCCUGCGAGGAGGUGCAGGAACCUCCGCAAGCCCCAAGCAGACCUUGAACAAGCUUGUAAUAAUGGCCCCUGCCCAGAGCCCCCACCUCCUCAGCUCCACCAGUCUGGCGGUGCGUCUGUGACUCUGGGCUGGUACUCUUCUCCUUGGCUGCAGUGUACGGUGUCCUGCGGUGGUGGGGUGCAGACAAGAAGCGUUCAGUGUCUGAGACAAGGGCGUCCAUCGGUGGGCUGUUUACCUCAUCAGAGACCCUUAAGCUCACGAGCCUGCAAUACACAUUUCUGUCCUGGUCCAAUCCCAGUCCCUGUCCCACCUCCCUCACCUACACUUAAAGAAGACCAGCCUUGCAUCGACUUCUUCAGCUGGUGUCAUCUGGUGCCUCAGCAUGGUGUUUGCAAUCACAAAUUCUAUGGUCAACAAUGCUGCAAGUCCUGCUCCGCUAAAAGACAUUAAAGCAGAAGAUCUUCCCACGAGCCUCCUCGUAGAUCUGUAAAUCAUUGUCAUACAGAUAACCACUAUGGACAAAGUUGAUAUUUGCAAGAUGUGGUAAAGAGGCAUUCCAGUAGACCAUUGAGAGAUAAUGAGAACCUGGGAUUCGAGGAACUCGACAAACUCUGUACAUUGAAAAUCUACUCCCGGUUCUGGCUUCAUCAGUGGUGUAUGAUAAGUAGAUUUGUGGAUCUACAGAACAUUUAUGUUGUACAUAUCUCUGUUUGUUCUCUUAUGAUUGGGAAGGUGUUAUCAGCGGUUAGAGCCAUUAAGAGACUUCCAUCAUCAGUUCAUUUGUAUGCUACAUUGAAGAGCACCAGGUGAACACUGGCGUGACUGUGCACAUCUGAAGUACUCUAGAGUUUGUCUUAGAACCCACGAGACAGUAUGUUUACCAGAAGAUCUGUACAGAACUAAGGGCCAUUCCACUUCACUGCUUUUUAAUAGCUGCAUCCAUGUACAUAUGUUCUCAAUGGUUGUCCUUUGCUUUGUAUCUUGCUGCUUUUUUAACCUCUCACAGGUGAAUGCUUUGUUUUUAAGUGUCAAGUUAAGAAAAGCUGAAUGUUUGACACAGCACAAUUCAUAAAUGUCAGUUUCGAAACAGUGGACCAAUCAGAUGAAAAAUCGGUAGAAAGCAAGAAUGAGGCAAAGAUAAAGGUGUUUAUAGUAAAAACUGUUCAUCAUUUGUUGGAGGAAGAGUUUAGUUAUUAUACACAAUAAUUUUGUUGUCUUCAUUUAAAAAACUGUACAUUUUAACUGAGCAAAUUCUUAGCUUUCCAUUAUUUAGUCUAAAGGUGUGGUCACACUAGUGAAAUUUUGCAUCAAAAUGAUCCCUUGUCUAAUGUAGUGUAGUGAUAUAUGAACAUAUAUACAGAAGUCACUUUCAAAACAAGCAACUUUAUUUGUUGGCCUCGUAAAAAUGUUUUGCAGCUUGAACCUGUUACGAAAUCUGCAUAGGGAAAUCUUUCUUUCUUAUGUAAAAGUCUUGAACGAAUGGAUUCCUAUUGAAAUUACUGGAAUUUGCAGAACGGUGGUAAAGGUCAUUGCACAGUCCAAAAUAUUUGUCUGAAAUUUUUGCACGUUGAAAAAUAAAUACAACCUCAUGUUGUGUCAAUCAUGUUUACACACUGGUCAGGUUAGAUUUUUUGCAUCUGUAACAAGCAUUUUGAUAGGAAAGGAUGACAAAUAUGAAAAUAAAAAUGGAAAAACGUGUAAGUAAAUAUCAGACUCAGUAUGCAAUGACCUUAAAUGUGACCACACCUUAUACCGCCUGCUUUACAUGACUGCUUUGAAUCAGUGAAUCUGUUGAAUCAGUGUUUUUGGUGCAAUAAGAAGUGCAGCGCACGUUCUCAAUCCAUCAUCUUUUAUUCAAAACAAUUAAACUUAUAUAUUUUAUUA